UUUUGUUGGUUAGAGCCCGCCCAGUUAAUUCACCCGGGAACCACUGUCCCCACACAGUGCAAAGCGAGAAAGAACCGCACAUUUAGAGAAAUUUGGCUCCGGCCCGGCUCCGAUUCCUCCCUUUUUCCGUCGCUGCCCGCCAAUGCCUCGGAGCCGUGGGGCGCUGGUGUCGUUGCAUUUCUUCCGGGGCUCGGUCACGGCCCCCCACGGGAAUUUCAGGUUGACGCGCAAGCGUUGUGCUGCGCUGGUGGCUGGGGUUUUUCUUUUCACUUAGGGAAAACAUUGACAAUUAUAUUGGGUACUGUAAGAAGCACGCUUUUCUGCAAUAUAAAAGUUGAUGAACGAUCAUCGAACGGUAGCAGUUGGCGUUUUGGGGUUUCGGCAUAUCGAUCGAUCCGGGUCCGGCAGUGACACUCCGUGUGUGCAAUCAGAACAGUGUUUCGAAGCGAAAAAAAAGCAGGAAACGAAAAAAUGGCUUUCCUCUUGUUGGGACUGAUGAUGAGUACGGUUUUGGCGAGCGUGUCCGCCGCAAUCAGUGGGCACUCGUCGAAGAAUCUUUGUGCGAACAGUUACAGUGUCAGUUGUUUGAAGAUGGAAAUCGUUUCGUUUCUGGAGCGGCUUUCGGACCAGAAGGAGUACAAUCUGCUGUCCGGUGUGAGUGUUGUGAAGGACCCGGGUGCGAAUGUUACCAAAACGGCCGAUAUAAUUGCGGAAGUUUCAAGGAUCUUCCCGACGGAUCCCAACAAGCGGUUGGACGAGUUUUUGAUUGUUAAGCUGAAUGACUAUCUGAAGAGCCAUUCGCUGCGGCUGAAGUUGCUGGAUAAGGACGCCAUGACCAAGGCCCGGGAGCUUUUCCAGGGACGCAAGGGCGGCGGCGGCAAGCUCGGCAAGAAGGGAGGAUUGGAGACCAUCAUUGCGGCGGCCAUGAUGAUGAAAGGAACAUUAGGUGCCAUUGCCAUGGGCGGUCUAGCUAUGCUGGCCGGCAAAGCUCUAAUGACGGGGCUCCUGGCGAUGACACUGGCAACGGUUGUUGGUCUCAAAUCCCUCAGCGGCGGCGGCGGAGGUCACAAGUCAACCACGUACGAGAUCGUCGCCAAACCGAUGUACACCCACUCGCACUCGGAAACGGAGGAAGUGAGCCACGGUGGCCAUGGAGGAGGCGGCGGCUACGGCGGAGGCUGGGGACGAUCGCAGCAGGUAGCUUACUCCGCCCGGGGCGAUAAGCUUUAGGCGACCAACCGACCGAUAGAUGGCUAACCCGCGCUGCGCUGAUCGAGUGAAAGGCGAAAGCUUUCCCAUUCGCUGACUGUCUUAUACUUUCUUUCAUUGCACCAACAAUUUCGCUCUUUUCUCUUCGCUUCUUUCUGCUUGCUUCUUACCACGAAUGGGGAAGCUUUCGCCAGAAAUCGUCUGGUACCUUCUGUGCUCCAUCGGCGUUUGAAGUUUAUCUGCUCAAAGCUCGACCUGUUUUAUUUAUCGAAAACCCUAGACUUAAUCGCAAUAUUUGUGAAAUUGUAUUUAAUAAUUUAUUAUUAGUUAGUAAACGAAACUUGGAUGGAAGCAUACCGAACGAAAUAAAUAAAUGAUCGAAAAUGUGUCCCGCACUAGGGAAAAUGGAAAGAGUUAGAAAAUGUUAAAUAAAAUGAAAUAAAUGAACUGAU